CUCGGCAGGAAGUAUGCGACGGCAGCCAACAAGCCCAAUGCACACCUGUGGUCGGCCGUCUACGCCUCGCUAGACGCCGACUCGCUCAUUGUGAACAAGGGCAGGAUCCCGGAGUUUCAGCUGCUUGGGAACGCUCACGCCGACAAGCUGGCGAAGGCGGGGGCGGCCCUCCACAUGGUCAGCGCGGCGGCCAGGCGGGAGUUCUUCGGCACGAUGGAGGUCGUGAGAGAGCUCCCCAGGUGGAUCGCGCAGGCCUCGAUCGUCCAGGACAGGGACUCCAAGGACUGCGAAGGCCUUCCUGAGUGCGACGAGCACAGGACUGCUGUCACCUUCGCGGUCCCGCUGGAGGAGUGUGCUGACGGCCCGCGGGCGGCUCCCGUGAACAGGUCGGGCUCACCGCCCGCCGCCGCUGGGGCCCGUGGGGAGCUGGCUAGCAGCCGCCCCGCCGCUGUCGGCGCCUGGGCCUCGGCGGCGCGUGACGGGGGAGUCGCGCUGGGCGCCCUAGUCUCCGCCGUCGCAGGCCACGCCCUCGCGCGCGCCAGGCGCGGCGAGGACGGCGACCAGCAGGAGAUCAUUGCGUGCACCAGAUGUGGUGCGUAUGCGAGGCUUGGCGGACGCCCUGGCCCGCAGCUCAAGCUCAGGGAGCGCUCGCU